AUGGCAGGAUAUUUUAUGUUUCAAUACUUUAACAAAAUUUUUGCAAUUUUAUUUUUUGCAUGGAUAGAACAUUAUAGAAAGGAUCAUGAGGUUCCUAACAAUUCUGUGGAUAGUAUAAAAAAUCUAGUAACAUCAUUAUGUACAAGUAAAUGUAGGUUAUUAUCAAUACUUGAUAUAUCAUAUGAAUCAGAAAACGACUUCUUUAAAAAUAGUGAUAUGUGUAAUAUGAAUAUAUCAAAAUUAAAAAGAAAUAAAAAAAAAUCCCAAAAAAACAUUUUAAAAAAUAUAGAUAACUACUUUGAAAAAAAAUUAUUCAAAAAGAUUAGUGAAAUACACAACUAUAUGGAUGAAACAGAUAUUCAUGUGAAAAAAUCUAUUACUGGGGUUUUUAAGAACGUUUUUAUUAUAUUGGCCUUACCUACGAUUGUAUAUUUAUCAGGAGCUUAUAUUUUAAUAAAAGGAUAUGAAUGGAAUGUAUAUUUAAUUAAUUUUUACAUUUUAUUUUCUGUUUUAUCUAUAUUUAUGCUUUUAUAUAUUUUCAUAAAAAUAUUGAAACGCCGUAUACUACGAGCAGGGAAGUUAAAGCCCAGAUUAUAUCCAUUAUUAUUAAAACUAACAAAAACGAAUUUAAUAAAAAUGUAUAUAUAUUUGAAAUGA